AUUUAUUUAGUAAGUAGACUUGUUUUCUGUUGAGAAUAUCGCUCAUAUAACGUACAUCUUUACACACACUAACAAAUCCAAAGGGAUUAACCCAUCGGUUUAUCAAAGAAAUUGACGCUUGGUAUUUCGCGAGCUUAUGUUUGUUGUGCUGGGCGUGUUGGUGUUCAUGGGAGGGGCUAAGGUUACACUGCAGUACCCGUGACUUGUAAUGUAAGACUGUAGUCACGCCCGGGGUGAGAGACAGGUGUCCAGCCGGGCUGGGGGCGCAUGCCGUCAGUGUCAGUGAGUCGUGUACCGAUGGCAUUAUCUCGUGAGCAGUGCUCUCACCGGGGGCAGCUUCACGGCGGAGCGGGAGGGUGUUCGCCGGUCGCUGUUGCAGCAUGCAGAAUGCUUUUGGCUGUCGUAAGGACUCUACCUUCAGGAUCACGUACAGACGAUCAGUGUGUUGCGCAGCCCAGUUUGUGAUUGAUCAGCGUGAUCUAACCGGUUAUUAUGGCUUCCAGUUCUGGGAAGAUGAACCAGUCCCCCGGCGGCAGCUGUGCAUGUAACGGGACUAUUGCGGACAUCCCCAAUGUGAUUGUAGAGAAGGAAAUGUAUGAUUAUCAAAUGCACACAAAAAUGUGCAAGAAAAUAGCGCAGCUGACAAAGGUCAUUUAUUCUUUAAACACUAAAAAUGAGGAGCAAGAGGCAACUCUGCAAUCGUUACGCCGUGUUGCCACGGAGACACAGGGCAGCCUCCAGCCAACCACAGGUCAGGAUGAGGAAGAGGAGGAGUCAACAUAUAUCCUGAGGACACGCCUUCUAGAGCUGCAGGCCACCGUAGAGGAAGUGGAGGAGCGUGGACAGAGGACUGAAAUAGAGUUUGCGGAGCGCAUAGCUGUGCUAACCCAAGAGACGUCUGAUCUGCGCAGGGACUACCAGAAUCUGCAGACAGAUAGAGACAACCAACACAAAUUACUACAACAAACUCUAGAAGAAAACCAGUGCUUAGAGAACGAGUGCCAAGAGCUACGCAGAGCCAGAGAUGAAGAGAGACAGAGAGAGGAGGAGAAGAUGCAUAGAGUGGAGGAGGAGAGGAAGAGAGAGAUCGAGGAGAGGAAUAGAGAAACAGAAGAGAGGAAUAGAGAGUCACGGGAGAGAAAAAGAGUAGAGGAGGAGUGUGAAGAAAGGUUGAAAACAGUGAAAAAGGAGCUGCAGGUUCUGAGGGAGGAGAAGGAGAGAGCCGAGAAGGAAUGGAAGAGAGAUUUGGAGGAGUGGAAGAAGAGAGUGAAGGACGUGGAGGAAGAGAGGAGGGAGGAGCAGGAGGCAGCCAAGAAAACACUACAACAGAGCCUUAAUGAACACAUCAACCAGUGGCACCAGAGAGAGCAAGAAAACCGCAAGUCCCAGAAUACAACACUUCAGCAGAGGCUGAGAAAAGCCGAGACAGACUUGGAGGUUCGAGAACAGAGGUUGAAUGAGAGCAACAGACACUGCAGCAAACUUCAGGAGAGAGUAGAGGACAUGGAGGAGCAGUUGGAGGAUGGGCGACGCCGGGUGGCUGAGGCUGAGGUUGUGGCAAAGAAAGCAGAGGAGGAGUUAGCUGUUGCCAAAGAACGCUUAUUACUGCAAGAGAAUGAGCUACAGAGCAAGUCAGAGGAGUUAAUGAGUCAGAGUUCAUCUCAGGUGAGGGUCUCUGCUGAAGUGGAAGAGAUGAGGUCUCAACUCAGUCGUCUCAAGAUUCGAAACAAAGAGCUGGAGCUUCAGAACAGUGGCCGAUCUAAUGACCACGCCCGCAUGCUGAAACAGCAUGCAGAUGCUCUAUCCUCUAUGCGUCUGGAGCUGCAGCGUGCUCACACUGAGGAGAUCAGACGCCUUCAGCAGGAGGUGGAGAGUGAGAGAAAGAAUGACAGACAGGAGCUGGAAGAAGAGAAGAAACAGGUUCAGCAGAAGAUGGAAGAAGAGAAAGUAAGGCUUAAAGAACAGCUUCGGAAAGCACUGGAAGAAGUGAUACGCAAACAUGCCAGUGAGCUGCGGCAUGCGCACGCGAUGCUGGAUGCAGAGAAGAAGAAGACACAGCAGGCUGAGGAGCAGAUGCAAACCGAAGAAGAAGAGAGAAAGAGUUUAGAGGCGGAGAGGGACGAGCUAAGCAACCAACUACAGCUGUCCAAAACAGAGAUGGCGAAAUUGCAGGGGGUGAUUCAAACCCUGGAGAAAGAAAGAGAAGAGGAGGAGGAAAGGGCAAAAGAGAGAGAGAAGGAGUGCGCAGAGGUGGAGCGGCAGUCAGCAUAUGGCCUGGAGUGUGUACGAGUGAAAGAAGAACUGGAAAACCUGCACAGGAGUAUGCAGCAAAUACAGGAGGAGUUUGCUGCACAGAAGGAAGUGUUACAGGCAGAGAUUUCUGCUCUACAGCAAGAGAGAGACAUUCUACAACAGUCCAAUCAUGGUAUAGAGGAGAGAAUCAGGUGUGUCUGAAUGACAAUGAGACAAGAUCAUUUC